CUCGAGCCUAUGUCCAACGGUGCAUGGUGGUCGGGCAAGAUCGAUGUAGGUUCGCCUGGAUACACCAGAGUCAAUGUGCUCUUGGACACGGGAUCUACCGACGUUUGGCUGGUGUCUGCCUCAUGCAGCAAGAAUUGCGGAACUGCGCCCAAGUACAUAGCACCGGCGGGUGUCCAAAGUGAAGGUACUUUGAACUUGACGUACCACGACGAUUCUCAUGUGUUUGGGAAAGUCUAUCGGGAUACUAUUCGAGUUGGUGAUCUCCAGGUCGAGAACGUGGCGGUCGGCGCGGCGGAUAUAGUCCAUGAUAUGAAGGAUAUCGAGGGGAUCUUUGGCUUAGCUUUCCCUGCGAUUUCUACAUUCAAAGCCGAUCCUUAUAGCCAAAAGAAAGGUCAAACUUAUGUAUCUUUCUACGAUACCAUGCUGCAGCAAGGUUUAGUUCACGGAAAAUUCAGCUUCUCUUAUACCGGUGACGUUGGCGAAUUUUACCUCGACGGAUGGAAUCAGGAGAUCUCGGAUGGCAACUUUACCUGGCUAGAUUUGGAUCUGGCCGAGGAUGAAGCUCCAGGUCUGUGGAAGAUCAAGGCAGAUGCCAUCAAGCUGGAUGACUCAGAUGUACUCCUGGAGCAGAGGAUGAUCGUGGAUACCGGAACGAAUUAUAUGCUCGGCCCGAUGAACGCUGUCGAACAAUUUUACCAGUGUGUCAAAGGAGCCAAGCCAUUGAACAACGGUUUUUGGCAGAUCCCUUGCGAUACACCAGACGUAGCUUUCACGUUUGACGGUAAAGACUUUGUCAUUACCGGAUCCGUCUUUGUGAAGUGCGCUCCUGGCGGUUAUCAGCUAGACGAGGGCUACUGCGUUGGCAUGUUCAAGGGAGAUCCUGGUCUUAGCUUCUGGAUCCUGGGUCAGUUUGCGAUGCAAAACUGGUACACGACCUUUGACUACAAGGAUCAGCGGGUCGGCUUCUCCUCGUUGAAAACGACUACCUAGACGAUGAUGGCACGAGGAAAAUCCUUGUUAUGCAAUUUUAUCUAAAAUGUUGAUAAGCAACCAGACAAACAGGAAAGACAUCUAGAGUACGGUCGCGAGUC